CAGAAGAGGAUCGCUCAAGCAGCGUCCAACCAUGAAGAAGAAUGAUGAUGUUGAAGUUGAAGGACAAUCUUUACUUCUUGUUGAAGAAGAAGAGAUUAAUGAUGAGAUUAAACCAUUGUAUGCUGGACAUGUUGUUGCCGUUGUUGAUAGAAUCCCCGGACAAUUAUUUGCUGGUACUCUUGGUUUAUUGCGUCCUGCUCAAGCCGCACAAGCUGCUCGUGAUAAGAAGAAUGGUAAAGAAUCAUCGGUACAUACCCCUAAAUCACCUAAAAUUGUUUGGUUUAAACCAACCGAUAAAAAAGUGCCACUUAUUGCCAUUCCUACUGAACAAGCACCUAAAGAUUUCGUGGAGAACCAUGAACAAUACGCAGACCAGUUAUUUGUGGCAUCCAUCAAGAGAUGGCCAAUCACAAGUUUGCACCCUUUCGGUACAUUGGUUAGCAAAUUGGGAAAGAUUGAAGAUCCAUCCACUGAAAUUGAUUCGAUUUUAAGAGAUAACAAUUUCUUGUGUGAUGAAUAUCCUGAAGAAGAUGAAGAAGAAAUCACGGUCAAUAUGUAUGAUUUACCACUUCCUGAUCCUGAGUUUGAGAACCGGGCAAGAACUGAGUAUUUGAAUGAUUAUAUCAUUGCAUUCUCCCAGAAUGGUAGCUUUGUCGACCAUGCCUUACACGUUAAACGUUUAUCUUCAACCAAGAUUGAAUUGGGAUUCCAUGCAGCUGAUGUUUCUUAUUUUAUCAAACCGGGAUCUAUCUUGGAACGCAAGUCCAAAAAGAGGUCAAGUUCGGUAUUUUUACCUCAGAAGAUGGUUAGCUUAUACCCUCGCCAUGUCCAACAAAUGAUUUCAUUCACGGAAAAUGAACGGAAUUUGGCUGUAUCAGUGAUUUUCGAAAUCGAUACAUUAAACUUUGAAGUUGAAGAUUUGUAUAUUCAUGAAUCAGUGAUUGUUCCUAAACAAGUUGUUAAUUACGAUUCCUUUGACAAAGUAUUGGUUGGCGGUGAACAAGGUGAGAUAUCGAGUGCCACAUGUGAUUAUAUCAAAACAUUCAGUUUGAUUGCUAAGGAAUUUAGAAGACAAAGAUUGGAUAAUCGUGAAUUGGGAAUCUCGCCAAACUUGACAUUAUUGGAUCAAUUGGAUGAUGUAAGAGUAAGAUUGAGUUUGAACAUUUUCAACGAUUCCUUGGCAUUUGAUGUUAUUUCUGAAAUUUCCCACAAGGUUAAUACUGCAAUUGCGGCCAAGAUCCAUGCUGGGUUGGGUGAUCAUGCAUUAUUGAGACGCCAGGCAUUACCUACAUUGCAAAAGAUGGAAACAUUUGUGAGAAAGGCUACUAAUUUAGGAUACAAGAUGGACACUCUGACUCUGGCCUCGCUUCAAAAUUCCAUUCUCAAGAUUGAAGAUGCCACUAAACGUCAAUGUGUGGAAACUUUGCUUUACAAGUGCAUGUCUCGUGGUAGAUAUUAUGUUGCUGGUAAACAAGAUCCAGAUUCAUAUGGUCAUUAUUAUUUGAAUUUGCCAUUGUAUGCUCACUUUACGGCUCCUUUACGUCGAUAUGCCGAUUUGAUUGUUCAUAGACAGUUGAAGGCGGUGUUGAAUAAAGUUGAGUAUGACAUUGAUUUGGACAAUUUGAAAGCCGUGGCUGAUUAUUGUAAUUUCAAAGAAGAUUGCGCCCUGCAAGCACAAGAACAAGCUAUACAUUUGUUGGUUUCCCAAACUAUAAAUGAAGUUAGUGAAAGUGCUGGACAAUUGCUUUGCAUGGGUACGGUUAUCCAGGUUUAUGAAUCAUCAUUUGAUGUGUUUAUUCCUGAAUUUGGGGUGGAGAAACGAGUCCAUGGUGAUCAAUUGCCCUUGGUUAAGGCUGAAUUUGAUAAAUUGGAUAGAGUUUUGGAAUUGUAUUGGGAAAAGGGUGUUGAUUCUGCAACUUAUAUUCCACCAGAUGAACAAACUUCAUUGAGUUACCGUAAUUCCAUCAAAAACAAACAUAGAGCUUCGGCUAUACAUGCCGCUAAGAUCCAAAGCAAGACGAUCUUGGAGAAGAAUAAUGUGAUUACUGAUUCCAUUGCCGAGAAGUUGGCAGAAUUGAAGUUGGAACCACCAAAAUUGAGUAUUCCUACUUUGAAGAAUGGCGAGAAUGUAACUACAGCCACUAAAUCCAUGCCAAGUACUCCGGUGUUGAGUGGCAAUGGUGGUUCUGAUGAAUUCCCCAAGAGUUUACGUACCAAUUCCAGUUCAGUAAUUACUGGCGAUAGUGGACUUGCUCCAUACUUGCAAGACACAAUUACUCGAGUUGAAGGUGAUUCAUGUAUACAAGUAAUUAAGGAAUUAACGCAAGUGCCGGUGUUGAUUCGGGCUGAGAUCGGAAUGGCAUUGCCUUGUUUGACAGUACGGGUAUUGAAUCCAUUUUGCUAAGGUUUUAAUAGAGUUGGAUGUUUUAAUGCAUAUAGUGGUUUUUCUUUUUAUUUUUAUAUAGUCUUCUUUUUUUUAGAUAUGAGUUGAUAGUUAAUCAACAUUUACGGUAUAUU